GUUGUUUGGGUUGAUGUAGACAUGACGUGUACCUGAUCUGAGCUUCUCUAAGAGUUCUCUCUGUGUACAUGCUGGGGUUCUUGUCCGUGCAGGUCUCUGUCUCGAUGACGAGGGCAACCAGUGGUUCCGUGACCGUCUCUCCUCCGCCUCCUCCUCGCCAUGUUGCUGAUUAUCUCAACAGCAAGUUCUGGACUGCGCAGGAUCUAUCUUCUGGGCUUCUUGCCCUUGAGAAUCUGGUCAGAUGUCGGGUAGAUCUUUGCGAUCAGAGUGUAGAGCUUCACGUCUCCCUCGCAGCCCAGGUUGCCAAAUGGGCGGGUGCAAGCCAGAAGUCGAUACAGGCGCUGAGAGAGAAGCUGAGGCUGAGGUCGCACGCAAGUGGGGUGGUAAAUCCCCCUCCCCCUCCUCCUCCCAGUACCUUGCCGCCGGUUAAGGAGAGUUCACGGGAUCGGAAGCUCAAGGUCAGAUCCUCGGCUGCUGGCGAUGGAGGGCUGGGCAGGGAACAUGGUGGUGGAUCUGAAUCUGUUCCUGUUGUCGGGCAAAGGGGUGGGAGGGGUGGGAGCAACUCCAACUCACUGGAUCUGGAUGUGAGCUCUCUGGCGGAUCGGCUGUUAAGAGGCGGAGAUGCUGAACCGUCCGGCGAAUGUGAGGAUGGAAGGAUUGGUCAUGGUAAUAAGAGUGGAAGCGAAAAUGCGGUGGAGGUUGUGCUUGACUCACUGGCAAGAACAGCCAGUGGUGUGGAGACAAUGGAGAGACUUUGUGUUUGCAUUGAGCAGGUGCUUGACCUUGAGCGUCUGGUGGGUGAUGCCGAGGAUGCUAUUGGGGAAGCAACGGGCUCACUGUCCCCUGUGCUUGGCGGAGGCGGCGGUGGCGGCCGUGGAGAUCGGUUUGGGCUGCUGAUGUCGUGCAUGGAGGCCGUGAAGUCUGCAUCUUUGGUGGAGUUCGGGAUGGGAAUGCAGCAUACGCGGAGGGCCUCGGGGAUGUGGACUCAGUUGACUGCAGCCGUAGAUGCCAGAUCUGAUCGGCUUGAUCGUGUGGCGCAUGCGCUUCGACCGGCACUCACUUUGGACUACAAGCAGUGCAUUUGCGAGGCGGGAUGGCCGCCGCCUCUCGUUAGCAGUAGCGUUGACGGUCAGCGGGUGCGCACAGCUGGUGGUGGCAAUGGGCUGGUGGAAAGGGACAGUCAUGCGCAUGCAGUUCCCCGGUCCUCGCUGUCUGGGCAGCCAUCGCCAAACCCUCUCUUACUGGCCAGCAACGCUUUGAAAGAGAAGUUUAAGCGAUGUUUUGUGGCACUGACGCAGCUGCAGCUUCUGCAACAUGAGCGAGAACGGAGGGCACGGAUGCGAUGGGGAAUUGGCGAUGGCAAAGGCGAUGAUGCAUCGGGUGCUGCGAGGCUCACAUCGCCGAAAGUUACAGAUGGCAUCCAGAAAUAUGAUGCGGCGGGCAUAAAUAUGAUGACGGGGGAAGAAAAGAUUGGUGUGAAUGGCUAUUUUUGGCACAGCAGUUGGCGGGCGUCAACGUACCUCUGGGCAAUGGACGCGCUGGUUGAACCGAUCGCUGAAAGGGCUAAGUACCAUUUUACGAAAUGGGUGGACAAGCCUGAGCUCGUGUUUGCUCUGAUUUGCAAGGUGGUGGGAGAGCAUACCGAUGCGCUGGAGACAGAGAUACAGCCGUUGCUUGACGCGCCGGAUGUGCAUGGAAUUACAAAGAUGAUUCGCGUGACUCUCGGUGCCAGGGAGGAGUGGGUGAAGUCGGUGGUGGAACAAAUGGCUGCUGAACAUCUGAGAUCACAGGUGCUGCCAAAGUUGGCGGUGAAGGUGCGCGAGGAGGGACCAUGCGGGACCGGGGCUGCGUUAUGGCUGCACAUGGUUGAUGAAGCACUGAUGUUUGACAUGACCAUGGGUGAAGUCGCAGCGGGGAGGAGUCUGAAAGCGGGCGGUCGAGGCGCCGCUCGAGGGGCAGCAGCUAAAGCCAAGCAGAGGCAAGGUAUGGAGGCAUGGAAAAUGUUGGAAGGCCAAUUUGCCGGAUGCUUGAAGGUUUUCGAGGAGCGACCGGAUUGGCUGGCUGUGUGGGCAAUGGUUGAGCUAGAAGACUUGCAAAAGAAGAUUGACAUGGCGGUGAAGGCAGAUGGUGCAUGGGAGAUCAACCUGCUGGACAAAAUGGGAGCAAGUAGGAGGAGGGGUAGUGGGGAUGGUCACGGCAUGGCUCUUGGGCACCGUGGCGGUGAUGUCGAUCUAUCGUUGGCCUCCGAGUACCAACCACCUCAGUGUGUCGAUGGAAUCCUCAUGUUGCUGAGGGUUGCCACUGACAGAUGCAAGGGUCUGCCAGCAGGCAGAGGACGUCUCGCAUUUGUGCGCGCUGUCACUGCUGCUGGGGUAAGGGAGUUCGCGGAAGUAAUGAGGCGUCAAUGCGAGGAGGUGGAGGCGUGCACUUCUCUCUCUGGAGAGCAGAACCUAGCAAGUGUUGGUGUCCGCCUGAAUGCUGCACGGUAUGUGGAAAAUGCGUUGCAAGAAUGGGGUGACGAGAUGUUCUUCCUCGAGCUGCGACUGUGGGACGCCUUCACAGGAAACCGACGGAGGCAUGAUGGGGCCAAGGCGAGGGGGAAGGAGAUCGACAACAUCCAAGGUACAGUGUUUGACGGCGAGAUCGAUUACCUUGGGCAGUUCCGUUCAGAAUGGACGGCAAAGAUCAUCUCCGCGGUCAUCCGCGGGUUCCGGACAAGGUGUGCCGACUAUGUCCGAGCAAAGAGACGGUGGUCUUUGGAUAAUGUCGUUACUACUAGUAGUGCUGUCAGUGAGAUGCCAUCGUCAGGGUCAUCGCCCGCAUCUAGGACGGCGAAUCGAACGCCGGGAAUGGGGCCAAGCACAUCAGAGGAGGACUCGGGAGGUGAUUCGCUUUCGCCGCGUCAGGCAGCAGCUGAGAUGGGAGCGUAUUGGCAGGAGAUGGGUGGGAGAACCAUGCAAAAUAAUGUCACAAGUGCAGGCUACUUUCCCAAGUUUCAGGAUGGGCUAGACGUGUCACCCGCACUGUGUGACGCCCUGUUUUCGCUUCGCGCACAGUUGUCGGAGCUGAGACGAACGCUUGAUAACGCUGUGUUCGCGGAUGUCUGGAGGCGAGUGGCUGCGUCGUUGGACACAUGCUUCUUGGAGGAUGUUGUUCUUGGUGGUGGCAAGUUCUCUCAAGCGGGUGCGCAACAACUUGUUGCGGAUGUGGCUGCUGUUUUCUCUGUGUUCAGAGGGUACUGCAACCGGCCUGGGGCCUUCUUGAAGGGGUUGAGGGACGCGUGCGUGCUGUUGACGUUGGAUGCCUCGGAGGUCUCCACCCUAAAGCUGAUGUUGAUGGUAUCCGGUACAGAAAUCAAAGGGAGGGGGAGUGUGAAUAAUGAUGGUCGGAAUGCAGUCGUAGGUGGGCAAAAAGAACAGGAACGGCAGAUUGGUAUGAUCCUACGGCAAAACGGAGUCCUCAAGCUUAGCCCCGCCGUUGUCGAAAGAAUAUUAAAUCAACGACUGAUUGAUAAAAGGAUCUGAAUUAAUUAUAUAAAAAAAAAAAACGCUCUGAUCCUUCUUCGGAUUAUUUACAGUUGUGGUUCUUUGUUUCGGGAAUUCUCUAAGAUUUAAAAACAUUGUUUUUUUUUUUUUGUUGAUGGAUCCUAUCAGUUCCUGUAUACUGACCUGUUUUCUCUCUGACAUGAAUGUUAGCUUUUGAAUGUAAUUGGCACCCGGCACACCCUUCUGAUGUUAACCCCUUUCGCCUGGGCUCUUGCUCAUGCUCUUCCACCUCCAAUUGCUCCCACGGAUCCCCUACUUUGGUGGCUAAAUGUAGUAUGGCAGGAGAUAUCAACAGCAGUUGCAGUUUACUGAAGAGAAACUCGCUUUCAAAUCAGGAGCUGUCUGGGGUCGCUUGCAGUCAUGCAGUGGCCAUAUUAUGUUCUUCUGGUGGAGAUCGGUGAGUGCGGUCAUGUAAUGGUCAUACUUUAUUCUUUUGGCGGAGUUCAGCGAAAUUCUAUUUUAGA